AUGUGCUGGGAAGUCAGGCAACGCUACCUGCCCGCCAAGACCCACGGACGAUUUCUCUUAAAGGGCCGUGGCUACAGCAGCAAGGUGGACGUGGUGGUGGGGGAGACGGACUACAACACUUUUGCCAUCCUCUAUUACCAGAAGGGCCGGAGCAUCUCGGUGAAGCUCUACGGACGGGCCAGCCGGGUCAGUGAUGCUGUUGCAGAAAAAUUCGAGCAGCGCGUCAGGGCCGUGGGUUUGGACGAAGACGUGACCUACUACUUCCCCACGUACGGGUUUUGCAAUUCCGCGGAUGAGUUCCACAUCCUCGAUGAAACAAAGCCGUAGGUGCAGAUGGCCUUGCCUGGAGGUCCCCAGAGCUCAGCCCGGAUCCCUUCUG